UUUCGAACACAAAUGGCACAUCUACGAUUCAUAUCGGUCAGAGUUACGUCAGUAUUCGGUCAAAAUGGGCCGGUGUCGGUCGGUGUGCGGCAAUAGCUGCGUUGAUGGUGCGAUGAUGAGUGUCAGAGUUGCGAUGCACUUGGAUGCACAUAGGACAGACAUACGUCGAUGUGGGUUAGUAUGCGACGCAGUUGCGUCGAUGUUACGCCAUGGAGGGUCACAGAGGGUCAGACAUGUUGAUGGCUGCGAUCUUCGUUGAUUUAAAAUAGUGUGAUUUCAGGCCUAGGGUGGUCCAAUCUAGUCCAGUCCAGGGACAGUAUGAAUGAGCAAGUACUAGGACUUUUCCAGGCUGAUCUGAUUGUUCAGCAUCAUGCCUACAUCCGUGCCCAGGCCGAGGUCCUGCAGGAAAGAAGGAGGCAAAGGGCCCGAAGAAGAUAUAGCAAGAAGCGGUUCUGGGUGAGGACCUGGUUAACAGAAGAUGAGCGAGUCUCAGCUGGCCAGUACAACAACCUUAUGGUCAAGCUCCGGAACGAGGAUGUACAGUCGUUUACUAACUACCUGCGCAUGCCUCCAGACAUGUUCCAAUUCCUGCUCAACCGGCUGACGCCUCGCCUCCAGAAGAAGGACACCAAGUUCAGACGACCUCUGGAACCAGGGCUGAAGUUGGCUGUGGUACUCCGGCACCUGGCUACUGGGGACAACUACCCAAGUUUGCAGUACAGCUUCAGAGUGUCCAGACACACCAUCGCCAGCUUUCUGCCAGAUGUCUGUCAGGCCAUCAUCGAUGAAUUUGCAGAAGAGGAGGUCCAGUGCCCCGUCACCCCCGAUGAAUGGAAAGAGGUGGCCCUGCAGUUCCAGAGGAGGUGGAACGUCCCUCAUGCUCUGGGUGCCCUGGAUGGGAAACACGUGGCCAUUAAAUGCCCAAUCAAGUCAGGCUCCUACUACUAUAACUACAAGGGGUUUUACUCAAUUGUCCUAAUGUCCCUGGCUGAUGCCAACUACAGGUUCCUGUGGUGUGAUGUGGGAGGAGCCGGUCACAUGUCAGAUGCCCAGAUCUUCAACGGCAGUGAGCUCAAAGAGGCCAUGGACAACCGUACCAUAGGGUUCCCCCCAGAAGAUCCACUGCCUUCUGAUGAUGAGGACACCCCUACUUCCUCCUUGCGGACAACGCAUUCGCACUCCGUACCAACUUGA